AGAUAUUUUUUACUUGCACAGGUAGAAGUAUUUAAAGUUUCAGAACAAAAAUGCUGAACCCUGGGAUACUAUUACUACUAAGUUAUUGCCUUAGUGUUGGGGAAGUAUUUAUGGCCAAUUCAGAUACAACAGGAAAGAAGCAGUACCAGAUCCAGAAUGGGCCAUGCACCUACACCUUUCUGCUGCCAGAACCACAGGACUGCGGAGGCCCUUCGAGCACCUACACCAACAAAGUGCAACGAGAUGACCUGGUUGACUAUGACAGCUCAAUCCAAAGACUGGAACAACUAGAAACCAUCAUGGAGAACAACACGCAAUGGCUGCAGAAGCUGGAGAACUACAUCCAGGAGAACCUCAAACAAGACAUGGCCCAAAUUCAAAAUAAUGCGGUGCAAAACCACACAGUGACCAUGAUCAAGAUUGGGACCAGCCUCCUGAGUCAGACAGCAGAGCAAACCCGAAAAAUCACUACUGUUGAGGCUCAGGUUAUUAACCAAACAACUCGACUUGAACGUCAGCUUCUUGAGAACUCCAUUUCAACCAGCAAACUGGAAAAAGACAUUCUACAGCAGAUAAAUGAAAUCAACAAACUGAAUGAAAAAAACAGUGUCCUGGAGAAGCGAGUGGAGAACAUUGAAGGAAAGAGAAAUACUGAGCUAGAAAACCUCAAAGAGGAGAAGGAACAGCUCAAAAAGCUGGUGGAAAAGCAGACUAACAUAAUGAAAGAGAUGGAGCAACAACUGCUCCGAACCUCCUCCGAUAACUCUUCAAUGAAGCAGCAGCAGCAAGAACUGACAAAUACAGUCAACAACCUAAUCCACACAAUCUCUGUGGGUAGCAAUUCAAUGAUGCAGGACAACCCAGAUCAGUACAAUGACUGUGCUGCAGUCUUCAGUGUAGGGAACAAGGAAAGUGGGGUCUACUCAUUGACCAUACCUGAUACAAAACAGCAGUUCAAGGCCUACUGUGACAUGGAGACAGAUGGAGGUGGAUGGACAGUAAUACAGAAGCGCUUUAAUGGCCUUGUUGAUUUUCAUCAAACAUGGAAAAAUUACACAUUGGGGUUUGGAGAUAUCUCAGGUGAACACUGGUUGGGGAAUGAAAUCAUCUCUAAAUUGACACAAGAAAAACAAUAUGUGCUCAGGAUAGAUCUGAUGGACUGGGAGGGGAAUACGGCCUUUUCAAAAUAUGAGCAGUUCUCACUAGAUGGAGAGAAGCAGAAUUACAGGAUACACCUCAACGGCUACAGUGGAACAGCAGGGAGAACCAGUAGCAUGGGACAGCCAGGAAGUGAUUUCAGCACAAAAGACAUAGACAACGACAAAUGUGUUUGCAAAUGCUCACAAAUGCUUUCAGGAGGUUGGUGGUUUGAUGCCUGUGGACCAUCUAAUCUCAAUGGCGUAUACUACCAGCAGGGGCAGAACACCAAUCGGUUCAAUGGUAUCAAAUGGUACUACUGGAAAGGUUCGGCAUAUUCACUAAAGGCCACCACUAUGAUGAUAAGACCAUCGAACUUCUGAGCCUCUACUUCUAACGCACAAUAAUUACUGAUGUCACUGCUUUUCUUAUCCUGUAAGGAAAAUUUUGGUGGCUUGACCUUCAUGCACCUCUGAUAAAUGAUUAUUAUUAAGAAGAUCAAGCACAUGAAAAAAGCAAAGAAGGCUUUGUUUCUGUUAAAUAGCUAAUCAACUGAACACAAAAACAUGACUUACAACAUAUUAAAAUGGAGCUUCAUCAAUGGACAAGUUUUGUUGAAAUGGAAGUAUGAAUACUUGUUGUUAAAUGAAGACAAUAAUUGAAGACUAACAGCUGUAAAGGGGACACAGCUGUAAACGGAAUUACCUUGAUGCUUCACAGAAUUUCUAAAAUCUAUAUAUAGAUAAGUAGAAUUAACUAUUAUUUUCUUAUUGUGUUUAUUUUAUUUGUAAUUAAUAUAUUGUAAAUACCAAAUUAUUUACAGAAAUUGAUAUAUUUUCAAUGUAACCAUGGUACAAGAGUGAUUUAAAUGCAUAAUGCUGAGGACAUUCUUUACAUUUGUCUUACAAAUUGUUACUCUACAAAGCUGUUGUUUACACAUGGUUUAGUGCUUUUGACCUUCUUGUAGAUUUCUUAACUGUGGGCAUUUGUUGACAGAUGACCAGACUCCACAGCAUUCCUUAAAGGUUUAUUUUACCCAAAUGGAAAACCUUCAUGUUGUUCCAAAUUAAAAUUGUCA